GUAACCGCAUGGUUGCAAAGCGAGUUUCUUAACCACACAGCUAAACCCGCAUGUAUUUGAAAAAUAAAACUUUAAAAAACCUUCAGCAAAUAUUACUGUCGCCCAUGUCUCAAUAAUAAUAGCAAUAAUAAUAACAACAACAACAACCAGGAAACAAAGUCAAUCGGUCCUGCACUCCCAUCAUACUCUUGGUGUGGGAUUUUUUUGUAUAAAACGAAAGGCUCUGAAAGCUUUCUUGGCAACCGUCAAACAAUUCGUUAGCAACGAUGGCAGAACGGAAGUACGUCGAUGAGCAUGAGCAGCUGAAACGGAGGCCGUUGCACGACUGUUCCUCACCUGAAGCAUUACGCAUUAUGGAUUAUCAUCCUGUGAUACUGGCUGCUGGCACCGGGUCAAGAAUGAAUGACCUCACUGCCAACACGCCAAAAGCUCUGUUGACUGUCGGAAACAAACCAAUGAUUUGGUAUUCUAUUAACAUGUGUCAGAAGGCAGGUUUUCAAGAGGCAAUGGUACUUGUUCAAGAAUCCAAACGAUCUGAAAUAAAAAGAAAACUCGAAUUUUAUGAAUUCAUUAUAAAGCUUGACUUUGUCAAUGUUCCUGAUGACAGCAGUGGAACGGCCGAUGCCUUGAGACUAAUUCGGAAUAAAGUGAAGUAUGACUUAUUGAUCAUCUCCUCUGACCUCAUCACCACAUUGCCUCUCCACUAUUUCACCAACCAUUUCAAAGCCUAUGAUGCCUCCUUCUUGAUGCUUCUUUCACCUCUGCCAGAGUCAUUUAACGAGGCCCCAGUUCCUGGAGUGAAGGUUGACAAACAAAAUGAAGGAGACGUGAUUGGUCUGGAUAAAGAGUUGCAGCGACUGGUCUUCCACAGCAAUGAAGCCGACCAGGGUGACUUUAUAACAUUUAGUCACUCCUUCCUGACACAGUGUCCAUUUAUAUCGUUGCGGACCGACAUGACUGACUGCCAUUUGUAUAUUAUGAAGAAAUGGAUUUUUGAAUUCCUUCUCGAUAGGCCGAAGAUCACAACCCUCAAAGGAGAACUGGUCCCUUACAUUGUCAAAAAGCAGUUCUCUAAGAACAAGUCAAAGAAAGAUGACACAAGCGAAGGAUUGAGUAAGAAAAGAGACAUUUACAGCUACAUUCCAAAGAGUUUCCUAGCAGAAGCAUAUCAACUGACGUUAAGCAAUAAGGUGUCUCCUACGUAUCAUGAAGAGAUACACUGUUAUGUGUACAUCCAAGAAAAAGGGUUCUGUGUCCGAACCAACACCCUCGCAAACUAUGCUGAAGCCAACCGACAGAUCCUGAAACACUUCCCAGAAUUGAUGCCACCUGGAACAUUAUCCAAGAUUACGGCAGGCAAAUCAUCAAAGAUCGAUGAUGAAUCUUUGCUGGACGGAAGUGUUUCUUUGGGCAAAAAUGUGUCCAUCACGCAUUCGGUGAUUGGUGCUUACUGCAAGAUUUAUGAUAAAGUGAAGAUUACUAAUUCUGUCGUUUUGGAUCAUACAGAAAUUGGCGAAGGGAGCAUUAUUGAUGGGUGUAUAAUAUGUGACAGUGUAUACAUUGGCGAGAAUUGUGAUCUGAAGGAUUCAAUUGUUGGCAGCCAAGAGAAAAUAGAAGCUAACACCAAAUUGACUCAUGAAUCUGUUGAUACACAAAUGAUGAAAGAAAAAGCAAAUUGGUUUUACUAAAAAAAAUGCUGUUUAUUAAAUCUUUUUUUUUUUUUCUCAUCUUUGUACAGAAUUUUAACUUUCUAUUGAAAUAAAAAAAAUCUAUUUAUAUAA